AUGCAGGAACUAGGAACUCCAAAGUCAGCGCCUGCGCGAAGAAGAGCCUCCCAAGCUUGUAUGAACUGUCGCGCCAGAAAAGUCCGCUGCGAUGUUGUCCGAAACCCACAAAGGUGUACCAAUUGCGCGCUUGAUGAUACUGAAUGCACAGUCGUAGCCCGGAGGGUCAAAUACCGCAAAAGACCACCAGUCACAGCUGAGAGACAAAAACCGAUGGUGUUUCGAAAUAGCUUCUCACAACAACAAGAAAGCAAAGACACCGCAGUCACCGGUCCUAUCUCUCCGUAUUGCUUGGAUCAAGAAUCUUUACUCUUUGGAAGUCCGUCAGAUCAUAGCCCCGAGAGCCCAUCGACGUGCUUCGACAACAUAGAGGGCUUGACAGCCACGGGGUGCACUGACGAGGCAAACCAGAAGCCAGUGGUUCGAAGAGAGGUAUAUCAUGAUCCUGAACCCUAUGGGGCUCCAGAUGACACGUGCGCCCGUCUGAGUAUAGAACCCAACACCAGGUCACAUAUUACAUACUCCUAUUACCCAUUCCUUACCGUCGACAUGUCUGGCCUAGAGCCGGAUGAUGUUCACUAUCUUGGGUCUCGGAAUUGUCUGAGUCUUCCUACCCCCGACGCCCUGGAUGACUUCAUUCGAGAGUAUUUUCUUCACGUGCAUCCCGGUCUUCCUCUGUUGGAUGAAGCCCAGUUCUGGGCUGUUUACUCUGGGGACAAGGAGCCGUGUGAAGGCUCAAGAAUUUCACUAUUCUUGUUUCAGGCAAUGUUAUUCACUUCAUGUAGUUUCGUUCCUUUCUCGACGUUGAAGUGUCUUGGGUUCACCUCCAGGCGUAAUGCUAGAGAGAAAUACUAUCGUCGGGCCAAGCUUCUACUGGAUGUAUGUUCUGGCAGAGACCUCGUAUCCAAUGCGCAAGGGGCAUUGCUACUAACUUACUACGCCACCUCACGAGACCGAGCGCGUACAAACUCCAUCUUGCUUGCAACAGCUAUUCAGUAUGCACAGGGCGUAGAAGCCGACCAGUUUCACAGAAGGCCAGAUCAAGACUCAGAUAUGACCAACAGGCUGAAGCGGCUUUGGUGGUGCUGCAUAGUGCGAGAUCGGAUCUUGCCUCUUGGCGUUCGGAGACAGUUGCAUAUUACAUCGAUAAAUCCAGCUCUGGACCAUUUAACGGAACAAGACUUUGCGGAAGAAAUUCAAGGAUCACAAGUAUACUCGUCGCAAACCAAGCGGAGUUUGGUCCAGCUAUUCAUCAGUCUCUGCGAACUGGCAAUUCCAUUCACCAGCGUGGUCCAGACAGUCUACGGGAUGGGACAAUCCGUUGUAGACGCUAUAUCCCCCAUGAUCGGUAAUCAGGAGCAAAUACAAGAAUCCAUCAGAUUCUGUGAGGCCAGCUUGGAUGCGUGGUUUGACAAAGCGACUAUCCAGUUCCCUACCCCUGCCGGAAUCAUAAGUACUGAGAAGUCGCUCGUUCUGUAUACGAACUUGAUGUACAUAUACUAUUACUCCGCUCGCGUCGCGCUAUACCAAUACGAGGCAUUUGUCGUCAGUCUCGCCUCACCAGGAGCUGGUAUGGACGACAAACUACAUCAGACACGGCUCCAGCUGGAAGACGCGACAUUAGGUAUCACGGACAAUCUUAAGGAACUAGUUCAACUCAAAGUCGCCAAAUUUCUUCCGGUUAGCAUCAUCGCGUACGCAGCGCUACCACUGGUGUUGCAUAUCUUGGAUGUCAAACUUGCAAAACUGCCAUCGCAGACAGCCCGGAAACAAGGUAGACUUAACAUAUACAUGGAGGCGAUGAAGGGACUACAGAACCUUUAUGAUGGUGUUGACGACGUGUGGACUUUCAUCAGAUCUGCUAUUGACUCUGCUACCUCUGGUACCUUGGAUACAUGUUCAUCAAGAGCUGAUUUCGCUCCCAGCAGUUCAACUUGCUCCAAGCCAUCUGCAUCGCUCCAGGUAGCUGACGACUGGGGAAAGUUCUUAUUACAGGAGCCCAUUCUCUAUUUUCGCCUCUCGCGGACGAUUGAUCUCUCGUUGGCUGUUGGGUGUUAUGCAGAGGACUCUUCACUGAGUCUACUACUGGCCACAGCACAGUUCUCAAGUCCGAGCCUCAUUUUUGUUGGUGUUGAUGUUCCUGCUAAAAGCGGGAACUCUGCUAUUGGCAGUGAUGAAGCAUCUACGGACGAGAAAGAAAACCUAGGGGCUCAAGACGUUUGUGUUGGGAUGAGAUCUGACAUAUUUGAUGAAAUUGGAGACUUGGGUGGAUAUGAGCUUGGGAUAGAGUCUUUCCAGACACCUGAGUUCCUGGAUAUGUUCGAAAUGGAUUUGGAAGAUACAUCGAACAGCAUUUAA